UUUCCAAACCACAGCCACUAUCCUCGCUCCAUCUUAUCUUCCCCUAUUCUCCCUUCGCACCAAACAGUCGAGAGUAACCAAACGCAUACAAAGAAUGGCAUCCUUAGCCCUCUCCUCCGUCUCCCUCAUCUCCUCCUCCUCUUCCUCCUCCUCCCUCCCCUUCCCUUCCAAGACCCUAGCCCUCCCCUCUUACCGCCGCCGCCACCUUCGCCUGACCCCAAUCUCUGCCGCCACCAAAAUAGAAGAACUUGGAACCCAAAUCGAAAACCUAACCCUAGCCGAAGCCAAAAACCUCGUCGAUCUCCUCCAAGAGCGCCUUGGAGUCUCCGCCGCAGCCUUCGCCCCCGCCGUCGCUGCCCCGGCUGGCGGUGCUGGCGCCGCCGACGCCGCCGCACCAGCCGUCGUGGAGGAAAAGACGGAGUUUGAUGUUAUCAUUGAGGAGGUGCCGAGCAAUGCAAGGAUUGCGACUAUUAAGGUUGUGAGGGCGCUUACCAGCCUUGCGCUUAAGGAGGCGAAGGAGCUGAUUGAGGGUCUCCCGAAGAAGUUUAAGGAGGCUGUGAGUAAGGAUGAGGCGGAGGAUGCGAAGAAGAAACUCGAGGAGGUUGGUGCUAAGGUUUCCAUUGCUUAGAGCUGGAAUUUUGGUGAAAUGGAAAGGUUUGAUCAUCAUGAAAAGCUUGGCUUUUCUUUUAUUUGUACCAAUGUGAUUUUAUUCAAUUACCAGCUUUGAUCUGUAGCUUAUUAGUAUUAGGUUUUUUUGUUGCGUUUCUCCUCCUGUUUCAGAUUCUGCGAAGGUAAUUAAUUAUGUUAUCUGAUUCAGAUAUUGCAAUUGCAAAUAACUUCUGUUACUCGAAAGAGCUUCCAUUCUGUUUUUGGAAUAGCGACAUGUUUUCUUUUAUUGAAAAAA